AUGUUUGAUCAAUACGAGCCUCAUCAUUUGUCAUUUACUGAGAUGGUCCAUGAUUUUUAUCGAGACAGGAGUGAACCAAACACAUUAACAUGCUAUCAACAUUUACAAUGCAUCCGUGGUCUACUUCCGGCAUGUCUCGAUUGGACUGAAAUUUGUGAUGGAAGUAUCGAUUGUCUCGAUGCAGGACGUGACGAAGAACACUGCUGGCAAGUCGAAAUUCAUGCGUGUCAGAAAAACGAAUAUCGAUGUUAUAAUGGACAAUGUAUACCCAUCGCACUCUUACAUGAUGAUCCAUUGAAUCCCGAUUGCCUUGAUGGAUCUGAUGAAAUUUAUGAAUAUGAAAAGCAUUUGACGUGCAAGACUACCGAAGCUGUAUUUCGAUGUGAAGAGGCCAUGUGUAUGCAAAUCGGUAGGGGAUCUGAUACAUUUGUGAGAAACUCAUGUGUAAAAGAACGUGACUAUCUGGUAGCGAGAGCAAUGCUUUUUAUUGAACAAAAUUUUGUGAAUCGUGAAUGUUGGUCAGCAUUCGUAUGCGUUAACACUUUGAUUCCAAUCGAAAUUGGAAAUAUGACGUGUUACCAAUUUUGUCAGAACAACAGAUGUAAGCGACUCAUCGAGAAAAAUUGUCCUCAUCUCAUCCCUCUGCCAUAUACACCAGCUUUUUACGGUCAUGUAUAUUUGGUCUAUCUGAAUAGUCAAUCAUCAUACGAUGCAGAGCUAUCACCGCCUUUGUAUGUAUGCUACAACGAUCAACUCUGUAGUGGAUUUCCGUCCACGAUCACGCUGUUCUCUUUGAAUAAUGCCACAUGUCGACUUUCCAGCGAAUUUGGACCUCACUUUUGGCCUGAAAGUCAUUUUUUUCCAUGGG